GGAGAAUUCGCUAUAUAUUCGAUCUGUAUCGUACCGUGUACGAAUUGUCACAAAGAAAUUCGUCGCGUGGCAGGAAUCUCGCUCUUUUGUGGAGAUUCGCUCGUUUCUCGAGAGGGGAUCGACGGAGAGACAAGGAGAAGCAGGUAGAGUGAAGCAGAGGCCGAAGGGGACGAUUUCGCGAUCGCGUUUCCGCCACCGCCGACCGCGUCGCGACUCUGCUCGGCUUCGAUGCCAAAGAGCGAAGCGCUGUUAUGACUCGAGUUCAGCUCGGUCAUCCUCGUCGUCCUCGUCGUCGUCGUCGUCGUCGUCGUCGUCGAGGUCGUCGAGGUGAAUCUACCUUGCCGCCACGCCGUCCCGCGCCGCGCCGGUUCGACGUUAAAACUGCUCGCAACACGUGCGAGAAUCUCGAUUCGGUCCCGCGUGGUUUUUACCUUAUUAAUUCUUUCCGCGUCCGGUGUUCGACGCGACGUAUAUACCGAUCCGAUCCACGUUAUCGCGUUUACUGUUCACGUCACUUCAACCCCGUUUGUUUCCUUCAAGAUCAUGAAAUGGCCUGCGAAUCAUACCGAGGAUUUGGCGUUGAGGAAUGUAGGCGACGAAAGCACGGAUCAAAAUAAUAAUAUAACUAUGACGAGCGAAGACCUGCUGCAGCCCGGCCAUGUGGUCAAAGAGCGUUGGAAAGUUGUGAGAAAAAUAGGUGGAGGUGGAUUUGGUGAAAUUUACGAAGGUCUUGAUUUAAUGACGAAGGAACAAGUUGCCCUUAAAGUCGAAUCUGCACGGCAGCCAAAACAAGUCUUAAAGAUGGAAGUAGCUGUAUUAAAAAAAUUACAGGGUAAAGACCAUGUUUGUCGUUUUAUUGGCUGUGGACGUAACGAUCGAUUUAAUUAUGUUGUAAUGCAAUUGCAAGGAAAGAAUUUGGCUGAAUUGCGCAGGGCGCAACCGCGAGGAGCUUUUUCACUUUCUACUACAUUACGUCUUGGUCUUCAAAUUUUGAAAGCUAUAGAAAGUAUUCAUCAAGUGGGAUUUUUGCAUAGAGAUAUUAAACCUUCGAAUUUUUCAAUUGGUCGCCAUCCUUACAACUCCAGACUAGUAUAUAUGUUAGAUUUUGGUCUAGCUCGACAAUUUACUACCAGUACAGGAGAAGUGCGACCGCCUCGUGCUGCCGCAGGAUUUAGAGGAACCGUCCGAUAUGCGUCAGUCAAUGCACAUAAGAAUAAAGAGAUGGGCCGACACGAUGAUUUAUGGUCUCUGUUUUAUAUGCUAGUCGAAUUCGUUAAUGGACAAUUGCCUUGGCGAAAAAUAAAAGAUAAAGAACAAGUGGGUCUUAUGAAAGAGAAAUACGAUCAUCGAUUACUUUUAAAACAUCUCCCAUCUGAUCUACGAGUUUUUUUAGAACACAUUCAGAGUUUGGAAUAUGCAGAUAAACCAGAUUAUGGUAUGUUAGCUGGUCUCUUUGAACGAUGUAUGAAACGUAGAGGUGUAAAACCAAAUGAUCCCUAUGAUUGGGAAAGACCAUUAAUAGCUAAUGAAAGUUUAUCAACUACUAGAUCAUUACCUACAGUAGCUGUACCACCCCCUCUUACCACAGCUACUACCCUCAAUCAGCCUCCGACUACGAAUGUAGAUACAAAUAAUCAAGAGAACGUGGAACCGGAUAACAGAAAAGAAUUAGAUGCACAAUUGGAUUACGAAAGUAUAUUUAGAAGAAACAGGGUACGUGGAAUAGAAGGUUCUCCAGUGCCAUUUGCAGCAGCUAUUAGCAAUCAUGGUAGGGAUAAAAAUUGCAAUGCCACAAUACCAACGACGGAUAAUACGCAUCAACAAGUUGCACAACAGACUAUACCACCUUUGCCAAUCCAAGGAUCUCCCAAAAAACGACGUGCAGUUUCGAUGGCAGUAGAAUCUCAAGUUCCUACGCCAGUAGAAAAGCAGGUAGAUAACGAAGGAGACGCGUUGAUGGCUUCCGCACGUUCAGCAUCCGAGGUUCCUCGCCUUAAAGCAGUAACCAAUGCAACAGCGCCACUUAGAAAAUCAGCAAGCGGUGCUACAUUACCCGCUACUCUCGCCCGUUUGCGCAUUGCUACACCCGAAGGAACAUCCGGUGAAUUACCAAGUCCUCGUAUACAGACGGAAGUUGAUGCUUCCUAUUGCUCUUACGAUGUAACUAAUACUAAAUACGUUGGAAACCAAAGUCCGGUAACUGAACAAAGAGAACCUCUCAGAAGAGAACCCAGAAGAAGAGCAGACAGCCGACAACAAGUAAGAAGCGGACGGUCGGCGGUACGUGAUUGUUCUAUUACGCAAUUUGCACAAAUAGACGACGACAAUGUAUCCGCUCUGCAGCAAGUGACCAAAGGCGGUGGAGGAUUGACUUUGGCUUCACAAUGGAAGUCGCAAUUUGACGAUUCUGAAGAGACUGAUAACGAGUGGAAAGGAGAAAAUUUGCAAAGUCCUGAGCAUAAAGGAACAAAUGCCCCAUCCAUACCGCCACAAUCCACAGGUAUCGUCGAGGGCUCACAGCAAUUGGAUACAAAACCUAACGCAGCUCAAUCAAAUGCCUCAAAUGUGUGUCAACAGCAGUCUUUAAUGCCCACAGCACUGUCUAAAAUAAGCGAAGAUUCUCCGAAACCAGCAGUACCGCAUAGAUGUUUGAAUAUCGCGGGUAUUGAAAAGUAUCCAGAAUUACAAGGUGCACUUCCGCGAGCUUGGAGUGUUCCGGUUUUAGCUCCACAUGUUCGAGCUUAUCUCGAAGCUCCAUUGGUUCAGCAAGCAGCAUUUGAUGAUUUAUUAUAUGAGGUUGAUGUUAUGAGGAAUAUUGCCACUCGAUAUGAUGAGCCAAAACAGAUCGUACCAGUCAGAAGAUCUAGUCUACCAGCAGUAACUUUCUCUCCUUUUGAUGCAACGGUUAACACUCCUAGAGGAGAAGAAGAGGAAGAAGCAGUAGCGGGUAGAUUGGAAAUCAGAGUGGUAGAUGCAACUGGUGGUGCUACAAUUGUGCAAACUAGUGCUGAUAGGGAACCAUUACAAAAAAAAUUAACAAACGGAACGGCAGGUAGUCCAGCUAGUCCUAAUCCAGGACCGGAAGAACCAUCGAUAUAUUACGACGCUACUGAGAAUCGACCGACUGCAAAUAUGAGUUUGCAAAAGGAAUCGAUCAAUCUCACUACUGCCUCGACUACUGUGCAAAACGCAGUACCGCUUCGUGAUAAUAAGGACAAUAAAGAGAAGGAAACAUCUAGUAGGACGUACAUCGCUCAUAGUAAAAUACCAGUUCCUGUUAAAAGUCCAAGGUGUUCGCUAUCCGAAUCGACGCCUGAAAUUAACACUCCGAAUAUCAAGGCGGGAACUGGAAGUGAUAUAGAAAAACUACCCGUGUCCGCGACCGCAACUAAGGAAAAAGAAAAUACUGUCAGAGGUAAACCAUUGACAGCACAUAUGGAAGCACCAGCACAUUGCCGUCGCAUAGCAUUAUCUGACGCUAGACCAAUCAUGUCACCUUUAACUUCAGCCAGCUCUGCCGAAGACGAAAAUUUAACUGGAUGUACGCCCGCUUUGCGCCGUCGAAGACAAAGUGAAAAAUAUGUGACAGACGCUAGUCAGCUGAAUCUGCAGUUCCAAAGACCACAACACAGAACGAGACCGCAAUCUGAAGUAUUGAGACUUUCUCCCAGAGGAGUACCUUCGCAUCUUUUACGGGAACCUGGUAAAAAAUCCGAAGAGAGCAGUGAAAGUGAUUCUAACAGCAGUGGACCGCCAAAAUCUUCUUCUCGUCAACCACCACCACCGCCUACAUCGUUGCCACCACACAUAGCAGAAAACAAUGCUAGAUGCCGCCGUUAUUGGCCCAUACCAGAUACAACGGUUGCUAGCAGAGAAUCGUGAGAUUUGAUGUUCAAAA